AUGGACUUUGGAAAUGAAUCUCCUUAUUAUUCAUCUUCACCAUCUUCCACUUCUUCUCAAAGCCAAUCACCAAGCACACCAUGCAACCCCAAUUCUCCAUCAGAUUCAUUAUUGCAUGCACAUGCACAGGCAUUGUCAAGCUCUCACAAGAGGAAAACAGGAAGAAAGAAGUUCCGGGAGACAAGACACCCGAUUUAUAGGGGUGUCCGGCAAAGAAACGGAAACAAAUGGGUGUGUGAAGUAAGGGAACCAAACAAGAAGUCAAGGAUAUGGCUUGGGACUUACCCUACGCCAGAAAUGGCAGCUAGGGCACAUGAUGUGGCUGCCCUGGCACUUAAGGGCAGUUCAGCCGUUUUUAAUUUCCCUCAUUUAGCUUCUCUUAUUCCAGUUGUAAAGUCAACUUCAGCAGCAGAUAUAAGAGAAGCUGCAAAGGCUUUUACACUAACCAACCCUUCAUCCUCUACAAACAAUUUAUGGAUCAACACAAACCCUUGUUUGGUGGAAUUAGGUAAGAGCCAAGAAAGGGUACUAGUUGAUGAUAAUAUUUUUAAAAACACAUGUACACAAGAGAAGAUUAUGAAUAAUGAUGAUGAGUCCAAAUCAAUGUUCAUUGAUGAGGAAGCAUUGUAUAAUAUGCCAGGUUUGCUAGAUAGUAUGGCAGAGGGUCUUCUUAUUACGCCACCGUCCAUGAAGAAAACAUUGGAUUGGGACGAUGUUGAUUGCGAAAUAGACUUGACUCUUUGGACAGAUUAA